UCCCUCUCUCUCUCUUUCUCUGUAGUGCAGAUGCAGCUCAGGGAAACGCAGGGAGCAUGAUAAAAACCCGCAGCUAUAUGCCUUGCGAAAUCCUGUCUUUCCUACUGAUUUCCCUCUUCCCCUCCUCUGAUUAUUCAAAGGGCAGUGUGCUGCCUCUGUCCCCAGUCACUGCAGUUUCUGGAUCGGGAUUUCAGGCUUCCUCUCCCGGAUUACCAGCCAGUAACAGCACGACGUCCAAACACAUUAUGAGCUAGAAGCUGCUGUAAGAGAAUACUGGAUGUGUAGAGGGUGCAGACGAAUUGCCUUCUCUUCCCUGCUGACAUACAGCAUAUGCAGUUCCAGAAAGGUUCUAUCAAGGUCCUCCAAGCCUGCACCUUAUCCAGCUGCGGGAGGGGGCGGGGCUACAACGUGUGUGACUGACAGCUCCUCCAGCCUGCCACUCAAACCUUCUCGUAGGUGGAAGGGGGCGGGGUCGUAGGCCUGCGUGACUGACAGGAGAGGAGGGGCCGCGAAGACCAGGGCGCUGCAACGUCACCGCGCACGGGAGGAGGACGCCCGGAGCAUGGGUCGGAAGCGGUGCGUGGGAGACUGUUCCAAGAUGGCGGCGGGCUGCUGUGGGGUGAAGAAGCAGAAACUCUCCAGCUCUCCGCCCUCUGGCUCGGGGGGACCAGGCGGCCCGCACUGCAGUGGAGAGAGCCAGUGCCGUGGGGCGGAGCUGGGGCUCGGGAGCUCCGGGAGUGGCCCGGGUGUGAGCCAGCGGGUGAACGGCCUGGGCUGUGGGAAUAGCCUGUCCCCGGGCUGCGGGACUCUCUCUCCAGGCUGUUCGAACGGCCUGAGCCCCAGCUCCCGGAAAAUGGUGGUGUCUGCCGAGAUGUGCUGCUUCUGCUUCGACGUGCUGUAUUGUCACCUGUACGGGUACCAGCCGCCUCGCACACCGCGCUUCACCAAUGACCCAUACCCGCUGUUCGUAACAUGGAAGAUAGGACGUGACAAAAGGUUGCGCGGAUGUAUAGGAACCUUUUCUGCCAUGAACCUGCAUUCUGGUCUCAGGGAGUACACACUUACCAGUGCCCUUAAAGAUAGCCGUUUUCCCCCUAUGACGAGGGAUGAGCUGCCACGGUUAUUCUGCUCAGUGUCUCUGCUUACAAACUUUGAAGAUGUAUGUGAUUACUUGGACUGGGAGGUGGGUGUUCAUGGCAUUAGAAUAGAAUUCAUCAAUGAAAAAGGAUCCAAACGAACAGCUACGUACUUACCGGAGGUUGCAAAGGAGCAAGGUUGGGACCACAUACAGACCAUAGAUUCUUUAUUAAGGAAAGGUGGAUACAAAGCUGCAAUCAAUAAUGACUUCAGGAAAACAAUAAAACUUACUAGAUACCGUAGUGAAAAAAUGACCAUGAGUUACACAGAAUACCUUUCCCAUCGUCAGCACCAUCACUUUCAAAAUGGCAUCGGGCACCCUCUCCCACCCUACAACCAUUAUUCCUGACACUGAGCCGCAUGACCAGUCACUGGACCUCUCAGCAGAACUCUUCCCAGGGGACCCGGCUCCCUCUUGGUCUAGCUAUCUCUAUUACUGUACUAUUUUAUGAUGAUUGUUUCCGUUGUCCUGUUCAUGCAUUGGAUGCUUGUCAAUGCUAACCAGGGCAACGGGUGGGAAGACAUAUUAAAUACCCACAAGAUUUUUUUAUUUUAUUUUGAUUUUUUUUUUUUUUGUAGGAUUAUUUUGAGCUACUGAUGAUCUUCUAUUUUUGCUGCAGCAGUAUGCAUCUUUAUCUCCUCCCCUUCCAAAAUAUUUUGCCAAGUUUUUAUCUACUAUUUGGGUGUUCUUGUUGCGAAAAGAAGUAAAAGUAGGGGAGUGCAUAGUCUUAGAUUGGCACAAACAUAAGUAGGGAUUUUCUGUGUGUGCACAAACUUGGUUAGUCUCAAACAUAUCACAAUUUAAUUUUAAUUAUUUUUUUUUUAGCAGUUUCAAAGCGGUUAUGGAGUUAGAACAUGGUUUUUUAUUAGCCUUAUUAUAAAUCAUUAAGAUUUUUUUUUUUAUUCCCAGAUAUAUAUUUUCAAUGGAGGAUUGCUUAAAUACAUUGGCUCUAUUUGCUUCCCGCUGAGGUUUCUUCUUUCGUCUAACAUUUUGUACCUACACUCCCUUGGAUACUUGGCACUCUACUAUACCCUCCUCAACAUAUGCAUUAGCUGUGAUAUUGACAAAUAACAGUGGACAUGUGUAUUGCUUAAGUGACAUUCAAAGCCUACCUCAGAAUUGCUAAGCUGUGUAGGGUUACAAUCCCUACAGGUUCAAUUAGAAUUGGUUAAUCAUAAAUCCUCCUUGAUUGUUUUAUUGCAUAUAGUUCUAUUAAUCCCUCUGAACUUGAUAGCCUUUUGUGCAAAGGGAAAGUGAUCCAGAUGCCACAAAAUUUUAAAUUAAAAAGUCUGUUCUUUUAGACCGUUAUUUAUAUUUCAUUGUUCAGUUGUUCAAUAGGCUUAAUUCAAGAGAGACCGCAACAAAAUACUAACACUGGAGGGGGCGCAGAAGCAUUCGGUUUGGAAUUAAGGUACAUUAUUUGUUCAGUGAUUGAACUGCUUUCUGUGCUCACCUGCUUUUAGUUUUGUUCAGAACUCGAACGAUGUCAGCCUAGUUUUUCUACAACUCUCAUAUUACGUGUGAGAGUGGGGAGAGCGGUAUGGUUAUGUCAUUUCUAUUCUUUUUGAUGUGGUUCUAAAACACCUUUUCUGCUUUUAUCCUCAAGUGCCAUUAGUGCAUCAUAGCUUUACAGAUCUCAGGCAUAGAAAAUUUGCAUUUUUUUUUUUAUUUUUUUAUUUUUUUUGCCAGUGCCCAAGGUGCUACUGCAGGUGCUUCUUAAACUUUCAACAUGUUUGGUGCCAGGUGGGUUGAAGCCAUUUUGUAGCAUGCCGCGUGUUUCCAACAAAGACGUGGAAUGUGAAGGACAAUGAAGAAAAUUACAAAAUGUCCAGAUAUUGGUGAGGAACAUCCUAUGUAGUUGUAGAACAUAAUACGAAAUAGUUGUUGUCUAAUAUUUAAGAUGAGAUCUCCUUAGAAUAAAAGUCUUUCUUCUGUGAUUCCAGGAAAAAGUAUAGGCUAUAAAUCACUUUGCCAAGUGGCUAGAUCUAAAGCACUGCUUCAUUUAGAGGGUUUACUACAGCUUCUAUGAACCCCUGUCACAAAACUGUUAUUGGAGCUGUUGAAUGAACGUAUCACUCUACAGACCAUUUUGGUAGCAAAUAUUUCAUUUUCCACAUAACCUUUUUAAAAAUCUUGCAGGCCCUUUUCUACUGAAAAGAAUGGAGUGACACCUCUUAGCAGCAUAACACCGCUUAGUUCAUUUUGAUGCCUUAAUCUGCUAUCAUAGUGGUAUGCUGUAGCUGUGCAACAUUGUAUUUCUCACUAGUCUAUUGUAGACUUCUGUGCAGUUAGCAGACAGAGAGGAGAAAUCUUACCAGGUUCACUGUUGUGGGAAUUUCAAGUGGUAGUCUGCUCCCUCCGUUUCCUGUCAUCAUUUCAAAUGGAAGAAAUUUAGUUGUGUUUUGCCAUUAAAACAGUGUUUAUUACAUCAGCCCUUUAUUUUUAUCCACAAAAUAAAGUGAGCACAAGCCUAAUCAUGCUUUCUUCUGCUGUUGCUGCAGCAAAAAUAAGAGGACUUGUUGUUUUUUUUGUUUUUGUUUUUUACUGGUGCAAAAAAACUUUCAGAUCUCGUUUGCCCAGUUGCAACCUGUUCAUUCUUUAGAAUGAUCUUUAUUGUUUUUUUUUUUCCUUGCUUUCAUUUUUAAACUCUAUGUAUUUAAAGGUGCUAAUCAUCCUUGCACAAGGUCCUGUGACUGGUCAUGCCAACUGAAGAUCAUAUCAGAUUUUUACUAAUCCUUGAUAUAUGCAGAUGUUAUACAGAUGUUUCUUACCAUUGUAAUAAUGCGAUAUUGAAGAAUUGCCAAUCCUGCAGGUUUUGAUAGAUCAAGGUCAGCAAUACUUCCCAGCAUGGCUUAGGGGGAGGGGGGGGAGAGAAAGUCCACAAAAAGGAUUGUUUGUGUGUCCUUUUGUAUACCGCUUGGUUCAAAAGGCAUUGUCUUUCAGUAGAUAUUAAAGGACAACUGAUGUUGAGAUGUAAGUUCUUCUUGUGUGACAAUGUAGAACAUUCAUGAAUAUGCCUCUAUAUAAAACUGCAUGUAGUUGUGCAGUGCCUGGAGGCAGUGUUCUGCAUAUGUAUGCAUUUAAUACAUGUAUAUGCAACAAAUCAAUGUCAUAUAAGAGGCUUAGAUUUUAGCGUCUAUUUUCCUUUAAAUAUAUAUUUUUUUAAAUGUAGUUUAAAGACUGUUAUACAACAGUGAGAGUGUACUGUGAAUAAAGUUACACACAAAGGCUACUAUAAGAAUGUUCAGACACUACCUGGAGAGCCUGUGAUACAUGUCGAUCAUAUUCAACAGCAAAGGAUCAGUAGAGCCUCACAGUCCACAAAAGUAGACCAUGUCUUUAAACCAUUAAAAAAAAAUUUGGAAAACAAACUCCCCCCUCUUAGAACUCCAUGCAUGUUGCCAUUGGUAGCUAAUGCAAUUGGCUUAAAGUAUAACUUGUUGCAUGCUGUUUCCUCAUUUGUCUUCAGUCUUGACUUACUCAUCUGAGCUAAAUGCCGCUAAAGCCAAAAUAUUAGAGAGGGGCUAAUUUGGGGAAAAACACACACGUACACAAGUGACCAGUAAGACAUUGAUCUUUUUUGGGUAGGGAAGGUAUUUGUAUUUAUAUAUAUAUAUAUAAAAUUAUUUUUACCUUUACAUCUUAUUUCCCCAUGUGUAUUUUUGGUUCAAUUAACCCCUUUUUAAUUACAAUUGAAUCGAUUUUAUUUCUUUGAAAAUGUAAGUGCUCAAAUCUAAAGGUUCUUGAAGUGACAAAUCAUGUUAGUGUUUUAGUUGAAGGCAGUUCACACCUUUCUUUUGUCAACUUCAUUUUAUAAUUUUAUUAUUUUGGCCCUUAAAAUCAUUU